GUUCCGUAGAAAUUGCCGGAAGAUCCGCUGUCCAUGCCCCCCACCGAGUCGCCCAAGUUUUAGGAGUUGUUGAUCGCGUUGGUCAGUCACCGGGUUUAUAUCCGCUUGUUUGCCAAGUCGCUGUUCACUUCUGCGUUACUGCGGCAUUCAACGAGGAACAUAACCUUCGGCGCUUCGCUGUGUUCCGUUUAUCGUACCUACCUGGAAAUUUCAUUCCGUAAUCCUGUUUGACGAAAAACGGAAAACAUCAUGCAGUGGCAAACUUUUUUGGAUGCCGUUAAUUGCAAACUGAGAACUGGACACACUUUCCAAGAAAUUAAACGAAACAGACGGUCUGAGUGCGAGGUGAUGUCUUAUCUCAUCGGAGCCCCGGACGUCAGAAAGUUGAUGCUGCUGUGGCUGCAGGAGCAGCUUCAAUCUAGGGAAGUGAAAUCGUCGUCGAAAGCGAAACAGCUUAAAGAUCUGGGGAACAAAGAAUUUCAAAAGAAGAAUUACGCCGAUAGCGUUUCACUUUAUACAAAAAGCGCUCAAUAUGCUGUUGCCGAUGACUUGUCGAUCGCUAUUGCUAAUAGAUCGGCAGCAUUGUAUCAUAUGGAUAAUUUUGAAGAUUGCCUAAAAGAUAUCGAUUUAGCGAUAAGCAUCGGCUACCCUAAAAAGUUGCUACACAAAUUGUAUAUCCGCAAUGCGCAAUGUUACAUUAAAUUGAAAAAUAGAGUUAUGGCCGAGGUAGCUAUCGAAAAAGUUGAAGAAAUUGUUAAUGCUUGCAACGAGAUCUCUGCAGAGAAAAAAGAUGAUAUAUUCAAGGAAGUUUCAUUGCUAAAAUCGUUUGCAUCAAAUCUGGGAAAUAUCGCAGAAAAUGAUAGCUCAAGGACACAAUUACACCAAAGACCUGAUGUAGCAUUUGGAAGCAAUGCAACUUUUCAAUUUGCGUCAGCUGCCUUAGACUGCAAAUACACACCACAAAAAGGAAGACACGUCAUAGCGAAUAGAGACAUACAAAAGGGCCAAGUCUUGUUUGUCGAGAAGCCAUUUGCUUUUGUACUAUUGGAUCAAAAUCAUUCUAGUUCGUUGUGCAGACAUUGUUGCCACCCUUACGGCGCAGUUCCUAUUCCCUGCAAAACUUGCGUGGAUACGCUUUAUUGCAGUAGCGAAUGUCUCGACAAUGCGUGGUCUGGUUACCACAAAUGGGAAUGCCCAGGAACUCAAAUGCGAAUGGGACAACAAAUAGGAAUCGCACACCUUUCUCUUAAAGUUUUACUUGUCGGGUCGACGACAGAGGAUAAAGAGAGAUUCAAUGAGGUUCAAAAGCUAGUCACAAACAUCGACAAAGUAUCCCCUGACGAUCUUCUCGUUUACGGCAUUACCGCGGUGAUGCUCACUAUGUACCUUUCCAUGUACACUGAUUUCUUCACUACUGUUGAUUUCAAAAAAUCAUUUGCCGACAAGUUUAUCGACAGCAGUAUCGACUUCAAUUGUGACGUUACGACUGAUAGCGGAAAACAGUUAUACGUCAGCUCUUUUCUUCUUCGACACACACUGCAAUUGAUAUGUAACGGUCACGCCAUAACAAAACUGAGCUUAGACGCGCAGGAAAAUGACAAAGUGGCUACCGAGCAUCAAGAAAGAGUAGCAACCGGAAUUUAUCCUGCUGUUAGCAUGAUGAAUCAUUCGUGUGAUCCGAAUAUAAUAAAUAGCUUCGAUGACCAGUAUCUCAUUGUCAAAGCAACAAAAGACAUCCCUGCUGGUGGUGAAGUCUUCAAUUGUUACGGCCCUCAUUUUCGAAGGACGCCAAGAGAAGAAAGACAAGAAAUAUUGAAAAACCAGUAUUGCUUCACGUGCACAUGCGAGGCAUGCACGAAUCCUGAAUUGCAGUAUUUCUUGGAAAGAUUCGGUUCGUUGAAAUGUCUAGAAUGCAGUGGAGCUGUAUUUAAAAUUUCUGGAUCUCUCAGCUGUUUCGAUUGCGGGGCAACCCCUACUAUGAACUAUAACGCUGAACUCUGCGAGGCCCAAAGUCUAUACAAUUCGGCUCACGUUUGUAUUGAGAUGGAACACGACGACGAGGCAUUAGACAAGCUCAAACAGUGCUUGAACAUCAGGCGCAGCAUACUUUACAAGCAUCAUCAGGACAUUAUAAAUACUUUAGAUCUCAUCGGUAAAGUUUAUGCUGUAUCAGGUAGAUGGCUGGAUUCUAUUUCUUACUUAGAGCACGUAAUUACCGGCAUUGGUGAAAGGUUUGGCACCGACAGCAUAGAGCUCGCAAACGAAUUAAAUAAAAUCACGGAUAUCUGUCUUCCGUAUUUGCAGGAAGAAACGAACACAAGAACGAAACAGUACAAGAACGCACUGAAGAAGACUCGCAGAUUUUUAGACAACGCGAAACAGAUAAUGGAUCUGAAUUACGGUCCGUGGAACGCCGGGUAUCAGGAGAUUGAGAAAAAGGCACAACAGCUAUCCGCAAUCCUAAGAAACUUCAACCUUUAAUCAAUUAUUGUAAUACAUCGAUUAUUGUAAUUUUUGUUAAUGAACACUAUUUCUCAUUUCCUAAUAAC